UACGACCUAUUUCCUGCAGAGCAUACUUCGAGUCCCAUCCAUCACCACACACGGCACGAGAGUUGGUACUAGUCCCCUUUAGCCCUUCAUUUCUUCCUGUUUGCUGAUUGUUAUUUGUUCUAUUAUUAUAACUUUAUUGUCUACCCACGGGACCGCACAAAUAGCUAAACGCCCAACCCAACGCCCCUCCUCCACAUACACAUACUAGUAUAUGUCCGGAAAAGCCACGACACCCAUAUCUUCACCCAAGGUGGUGAAGUUGGACCCACCAACGACUCCUCCUUCACGGCACAAACAAAAGCGAAUGAGCACUUCGUACCUCAAGACCCCUGAACAGAAUAUAGAUAUUCUCCCAUUCUCUCCAUCUAGGAAAAGGACCUCCACAUACAAGUCCCCAGACUACAAACUCAACUCGCAUAAUAUCCAGUCUCCAUACAACGCAUCCAACUUGCUCAAGACCCCGAGACGGUCAUCGGGUGCGGUCGGAGAUGACGGGUAUGAUUCAGAUGACACAACUUCACAACCCAAUAAAUUACAAAAGACUCCUCAAUAUUUCUCUCCGGGGAAACGAUUAUUUACUGAGGAUAAUAGAGAAGAUCUUUCGGAAAUCAGUUUACAGUUGAAGAGCCGACUCAGUUCCGCUUUGGGGAAAUUGCAACAGAAUAGGACUUCAGUCUCUUCUUCGAAAGUCAUUGGAGAUUUGUCUUCUGUUCUGCCUAGACAAUCUUGGGGAAAUAACACUGGUAGACUGUCUUGGGGGAACGGUAGUGGUGGAGUUAAUGUGAAUUUACAGGAUGUUUUUGAUCAAGCGGCUGAAUCGGAUGUAGCAGGAGUUAAUAUAACGUCUGAAGCCGACGCUAAGCUUGCUGCUAGAGCUGCAGCUGCUAACGCUCUCUCCAAUUCACCACAUCUCUUUGCUGAGAGAGUCAAUAUCCCAUCACCCGAUGAAGAAAGCAGCGCUCAUAAUGCCUUGAUAGCUGCACUUUCGAGACAAAAGCGUAAAUCUCGGACUUCAUUUUCUUCUGGAUCUCCAAUAAGGUCUCAUAGAAGAAACUCCAGUAUUUCUGGACCAUCAGGAACAAGUUCCACUACUUCGAAUGUAAGUGGACCACCACCAGUGUUCCCACCUUCUACACCAAGACAACAAAUUGUUAAUACACAAAUGAAUCUUUCGAAACUCCCACUGAUAAACGUUGCUGUUAAUGAAUGGUCACAGGGUCAAUCUGAUAAGAAUAACCAUAGUGGAUCCAAUACUACAAACAAUAAUAGUGGCGGUGCAGUUGAACAAGAUGCUGUACUUUCAUUAAUGUCCCUCUCAUCACCUCAAUCUGUGAAAUUUAGCCAUGGCCAUAGCCGAAACACAAGUUUAAAUAAUAUCCAAUCACCCCCUCAAGGAAUAACCCGGGCUUCAUCAGUUGCCAGUUCCAGUAGUCAAACUGUUUUGCCACCGAUUAGUGGAUUAAUCAAUUCUGCAAAUAAUCAUGGAGUAAUUGAUGAUGAUAAGACGGAUAAUGAUGAAACAGAUAUUGAAAAUGAUGACACUGAUGAAGAGGUUGAUGAUAAAUGACUGAAGAAUUCCAGCGGGACUGGUGGGAACGAAUGAUUACAUAAAUAUAUAAAUAGUUAGGAUUUAGAAGGUAGAGGAAAAUGGAUGUAU